AGUGGCCAGUGGUGACCAUUUCGAGUUGACUUGCGGACAACUUCACCAGGUACUCUAUAUAGGUUCCGAGAAUGUUAACUACUCCAGCCUCCUACGAAAAUUAUUCAGACUAUCUGUUGGAGAUGGACGAUGAUUCGAUUGCUGUCCUGCCGCUCGUGAUUUACUCUGUGACCUUUUUGGUCGGAAUCUCUGGAAACGCUCUGGUCAUCUGGAUCGCAACGCAGGAAGUAAGAAAGACAAUCACCAUGAUAUGGCUUUUGAAUCUGUCAGUGGCUGACUUCAUGUUCACCGCCCUCUUGCCUUUUUCCAUUGUGUAUCAAGUAGAAAAGUUCCAUUGGCCGUUUGGAAGUUUUAUGUGCAAAUUCAUUAGUUUCGGCGUCCAUCUGAACAUGUUCACAAGUGUGUUCAUACUGACCGUAACCAGCAUUGAUAGAUGCCUUUCUGUUGUAUUUCCAGUUUGGUGUCAGAAUAAUCGAAGUGUAAAUUCGGCAAUUAUCGUGUCAUUAGUUGUGUGGGUACUGGCUGCUGUAGUAAGCGUUCCUUUCUACCUUAUCCGUGACACAGAAGAGGACCUGAUAAUGGGGACGACGUAUUGCCUUUACAAACAGGAUCUGCUUAACCUCCGUAGCUUAAUACUGGCAAGAUUUACGUUGGGUUUCGCUCUUCCUUUUAUUACAAUUGCCAUUUGCUACACUGUCAUCACCUUAAAGAUCAAACGUAGGUGGAGAAGGGUGUCAACCAAACAGUGCAAAAUAAUCACUAUGAUCAUCUUAGCUUUUCUAUUUUGUUGGAUACCAUUUCAUAUUUUGAGUAUAAUCCACAUGUUAUCAGACGUUGACAUUAAAACCUGGCUGCCGCUGGCUACCAGCUUUGCAUAUGUUUAUAGCUGCAUCAAUCCGAUUCUCUACCUUUUCGCUGGUAAUGGAUUUGUGCUUCAAUUCAAGAAAAGAAUCCAAGCAGCACUGAGGGCAAUACACGAUGAAAUGAGCCACAGUAGUUCCAGGUCUGAGUCCAGGGGGGGUCAAGGGAUCUGAAAAAGGUUUUGAAUGAAAUUAGCCAAACUUUUGUAUCUGCUUUUUACAAACUGAUUUGAGUUUAGAUGAACAAAUUAUUUACUCCACACGCCUGU